AUGGAUCCAAAUUCCAAUUCCAAAUCCAAAUCCUCUACCAGAUUUCACAACCCUUUUGGAUCACCAAUACUAAGAACUGUGUUUUUCCGAGCACUACUUCUUGCUACUGCUAUCUCCAUCGUUUCACUUCUUCACUCACUACCCACCAUGGAUUUAGUCCCCAAAACCUACGACCACGAUUGCACCAUUGAACUCGAAGAUUCAAACGUCACUAUAUCACCAGGUUCUUAUCUCUUCCAGAGUAGAAUCAUAAACAACUUCUGGGGUUCAUUUGACUCAUUGAACUGCAAAAAAGAAAUCAACUUGGUUUCAAACGUAGUCAAAGAGUUGAAGUCUCAACGAAGACUCAUGAAUCACAGCGUUGAAUCUCUUUGUAUUGGCGAAGCUUCAAACAUAGCCGUUUCCACUUUGCAGAAACUCGGUUUCUCCAAUGUGAUUAACCAUAGAUUUUUCUCAUUCAACAUGAAGAAUUUCGUUUACUCGCUUGAUCAGUAUCGCGACGCCUCGUUCGGGUUUGUUUUGUCCGAUGAUUUAGGGAAAGUUACUGUCCCUGCAUUGCUUGUUCUUGAAGUUGAACGUAUUCUUAAACCGAACGGAAUCGGCGUUUUGCUUUUGGAUUUUGAUAGUGAGAGUGAGAGUGUUUAUUCCGUUCAUGACAUUAACAACAUUAACAUGAUAAGAAUUGCUUCACCGGUUUCAUCCUUGUUAAGGUUUUCGUCUAUCAUUCAUGUUGGAGUUGUCAGUAAUCACAGCCUUAUUGUUUUCAAGAAAAACUCAGAAUCAGAAUCCGAAUGA